GUGAAAUUGUCGUCCCUUUGUAAAGCAUUAUGCAGAUUGUACAUCUAGAUAUGGUAACGUUUGGGAACGCGACACAUUAUUAACACUACAAAGUGAAGAAAAACAAGGUCUCCCACGCGAUCGCACGAAAAAAAACCUUGGUUUCAGGCACAUAGACGAUUAUGAUCACUGAAAAUAAAUAGUAGAAAGAUGAAUUUGCGAGGUCUAUUUCAGGAUUUCAAUCCAAGUAAAUUCUUGGUGUAUGUUUGCCUGUUGCUGUUUACAUUGCUCUUCGCAUUGCGACUAGACAACUACGUACAAUGUGGGUACUGGGUGGUGUUUCUCCCCCUCUGGUUUUGGAAGGGCAUGGUCAUUGCGGGGUCGAUCGUCGCUGGAUUUGUCUGGUGGAGACAUCCAUCGUAUCGAGUUGAAGGCGAGGGUUACGUUGACAUGAAAGCGAUCAUCAUCUGUCUGUGUCUCAACUCCUUACUCCUCAUCUUUGAGAUCCUCGCUUGCAACCAGAUGGACAGUCUGCAAGGCAACAGCAAGUUGGUAGGGAACCACCUUUGGCUGGUAGUCUUCAUGCCACUGUUCCUGACAUCGCCCAUGUCUAUCGCGGCCUGCGUCUGGGGCUUCAGGCACGAUAGAGGUUUAGAGUUGGAAGCAAUGUGCUCAAUCAACGUCUUACAGUUCAUCUUCAUUGCUCUCAAGCUGGAUGACAUUAUUACCUGGAGUUGGUCGGUUGUGUUUAUACCCAUCUGGAUCCUGAUGUGCCUGCUGUGCCUUAUAGUUCUCUAUUACAUCGUUUGGUCUAUCCUGAUUCUCCGAGCCACCGAGAUCAUGGCGGAGCAGAGGAGGGCUCAUCUGAUGGCUGCCUUCACAGCGAUGGCGCUGGUGGUACCGCUGUUAACAUUUGAGAUUCUCCUAGUCAAUCGUCUAGACCACAUCACAAGUCACCCCUUUGUGGCAGUAUUCUCACCGUUCUACAUCUCUCUACUGGUUCUCAUUCCGACGUCGUUUGGACAAAGGGGAAGCAACCACUGGUGGUUUGGAAUACGGAAAGACUUCUGCACAUUCCUGCUGACGGCUUGUCCCUUCCUGCGGGAAUACGGGAAUAUUUCUUACAAAAUGGAGAGCAUGGAUAGUGUAACGCCGCCCGAGGAUCAAGACAUCAACAGAGAGAUGUACACGACAUCGAUACGGACUGUCAUGGACCAUUCCACAAAACUCAUAGUACCCGUUGUUUCAAUUGAGAUGCCUGACUGAUAGCAUCCCCAGACCACAAAGUGUGGUGCGGAGUUCAGGAACUAGACUGAUCUACAAGAAGUUUCAAGAAUUGUGAAACAAAACGGGACUUUUAAAAACAAAUUAUUGGUUUGCCAAGCAAGCCAUGACGUCAGAACAAACCAGAAGUAGAACGACAAAGAGUGACAAGUUA